CUGGUUGAACUUAACUGUGAUAUAAAAUCAUUUCGCUUAUUACGUUGCUACGUUUUCUAUAGAGCGCGACAACGUGAAGUAAGACGUUGUGAGAAAUUGGGUUCAAAGUUUAUACUAGUAUCUUUUAUAAACUGCCUGGUAGUGCUUUUCUGUGUGGCUUUCUCGACAGGUUGGACCAGUCGACUGGCACCAGUAAUUGGUCUCAUUUUCAAUCUAGCCUGUUUAGUGUUUAUUGGUGGUGCUAUAACUACCUUAUUUGUUUGGAAACUCAACGAAAUGUCAUUACCGAAGCGUUGUAUAUUCAUGCUGGUGUUCAUGAUGUUAUCGAUCAUCACCGGUGUGAUGUUUGCUGUCGCGCCCACAAUCUGUGAUUCAUUCAGUAAAUAUGGAUGUUUUGAAAGUUAUUAUUCACCUGCAUUAAAAGUCGCUGCGGUAUGUUACAUAUAUUUGAACUCGUUUACCAAUCCUUUGUAUUCCUAA